GAUAAGCUCCUCCCUCCCCGCGGUGGCUGCCUUGAGGGGGUGGGUGGGCGGACUUCGUGUUGUUGCCGGAAGUUAAGAUGGCGACCUUUGCCGCCCAAACGGACCUGGUCACGGGCUGGUGCCUUUUCGGCCUGGCGUUGCUGGUUAUCCUGGCUUUUUGCUGGGUUUAUGUCCGCAAGUACCAGAGCAGACGAGAAAGUGAAGUAAUUUCCACCAUAACAUCUAUUUUUGCUCUAGCAAUUGCACUUAUUACAUCAGCACUCUUACCAGUGGACAUUUUUCUAGUUUCAUAUGUUAAGAACCAAAAUGGAACCUUUAAGGACUGGGCUGAUGCAAAUGUUACAAUGCAAAUUGAAGAUACUGUACUAUAUGCAUAUUACACACUAUAUUCCAUCAUAUUAUUCUGUGUAUUCCUCUGGAUACCUUUUGUCUACUUCUACUAUGAGGAGAAAGGUGAAGAUGAUGGCAACACAUGUGCACAGGUUCAGACGGCGUGCAAGUACACACUAGGAUUCCUUCUGGUUUGUGUGGCUCUUCUCAUAAUUGGAGCCUUUGUUCCACUGAAUAUUCCCAAUAAGAAGAAUUCAACAGAGUGGGAGAAAGUAAAACUUCUGUUUGAAGAGCUUGGGAGCAGCCAUGGUUUGGCUGCUCUAUCCUUCUCUAUAAGUUCUUUGACACUUAUUGGAAUGGUGGCCGCCAUUACUUAUACAGCAUAUGGCAUGUCUGCUCUACCUUUAAACUUAAUAAAGGGGACAAGAAAUGCUAGCUAUGAGCGCUUGGAAAACACUGAAGAUAUUGAGGAGGUUGAGCAGAGUGUACAAAGGAUAAAAGCCAAGUGCAAAGAUGGCCGGCCUUUAUCAUCUCGGGAUAGACGAACACUGCAACAGCUUGAGGACAAGCUAAGAACCCUUCGGAGGAGAGGGCGUCGCUUGGAAUAUAUUGAGAAAAGCUGCUGGACAAGGUUCUGUGGAGCCAUGAGGCCACUAAAAAUUGUAUGGGGAGUGUUUUUCAUCCUUGUGGCCCUGCUUUUCACUGUUUCUCUCUUCUUGUCAAAUUUGGAUAAAGCAUUACAUUCAACUGGCAUAGAUUCAGGAUUUAUAAUUCUGGGAACUAACUUGACCAACCCACUGAAUAUGUUGCUACCUGUUCUCCAAACGGUCUUCCCUCUUGAUUAUAUCCUCAUUACUAUUAUUAUCAUGUACUUCAUCUUUACCUCAAUGGCAGGAAUUCGAAACAUGGGUAUAUGGUUCUUCUGGAUAAGGUUGUACAAGAUCAGACGGGGGAGGACUCGGCCACAAGCACUUCUCUUUCUUUGCAUGAUACUACUGUUGAUUGUUCUUCAUACCAGCUAUAUGAUCUACAGCUUGGCUCCUCAGUAUGUUAUGUACGGAAGCCAAAAGUAUCUAGUUCCGAACAAUGUGACAAUUGAUGGACAUCUGGCAAACAUGACAACCUGGGUGCCUAAAGUCUGUGAUGCAGAUGCCCCUGAAGAUCAGUGUACUGCUACUCGGACUUACCUGUUCCUUCACAAGUUCUGGUUCUUCAGUGUUGCAUAUUAUUUUGGCAACUGGGCUUUUAUUGUGGUCUUCUUAAUUGGAUUAGUUGUGUCAUGCUGCAAAGGAAAAAAGUCUGUCAUUGAAGGUGAAGUGGAUGAAGAUGAUUCAGAUAUAAGUGAUGAAGAGCCUUAUCUCUCUUUUGGUUGACAGCCCAUAAUCCUGAAGGUUAAAGCAUGUGAUGUAAAACUGUAAAAAUGCCAUUUUGGUUUGCGCUUGAAAAAAAUCUUAUUUGCCAAUGUUAAAAGGGGUAAUUGAUGAAGAAUUUAUGUAUCUUACUUUCUUCAUAUACUAUGUACAUAUAUAGUUACAAAAGAGCUAAUUUUAUGAAUGAAGGAUGAAAGAAUAUUCUUUUGACAAUGUAAAUUUGAUUGCUGUGAUGUCAUUUAAAUUGUCUUUCUUUCUGUCUACUUUUAAAUUACUUUCUGCCUGAUUCCCUUUUGACAGUGUUAAAAAGACAGGUAUAAUCAAACUGAUACAGGCAUUUUAUACAGAUCUGAAGUUUGUAAUUGCUACUACUUGUUAAUAUAAAACUAAUUUUUGACAGUAACUUUAAUGGCACUUGGACUGAGAAAAGUACUAAAUGAAAGCACAGAGGUUGUUCAAACAUUACUGUAUCCUCCAAUAGCAUGACAGGACCCAUUGCUACAUGGUUUCUCCUCUGCCUCCAAGCCACAUGUAGGCUGAAAUCCUCUGGGGCAGCUCUGUGUGAAGUGGAGGUGAUGUCAUAAUCAGUAGCAAAUCACUGAUGAAUAAAGGUGAUUUCAGUGUGCACACAACUUCUACACGAUGCAGACAAGUAACAUGCACCCUAAAAUUCCCAAAUGAAAGUUUUAACCAGCUGUUGAGGCUAUUAUGUGGAGCUGUGCUGUAGGAUUUCAGCCAUAGAAUGUAAUUGUACUGCAGAUGCUAUUUGUAGAUGAGCAUGGGUUUCCUCUCACUAUAAUAUUUAGAAUUUACUUUCUUGCAGUUUUCAGGAGAUUGUAUUCAAACACAGGGAUUUCCUUAGUGCAACUUCAGUGCUAUCUCCAAAUGCAGCUUGGUCUGUAUUCAGUAGACAGAGAAGGAGUAUCCAUUCUUGUCCACCUUGCCAUGCAUUAAGACAUGCAGUAAAGAGAAUGUACCUGGAUAGGUCUACAGUAUUGUCUGGGCAAGCUAAUUGUACUUACUGGCCAAAAUCCUGUUGUGUAGCAUAAGCCGAACAUAACUUAGUCUGUUCCUCCAUGGUAACCAAAUCAUCCCUGUUGCAAUUCAUGGGGUUGUGCGUGCGUGCACCAACCCAGUAUGCUGUGCAAACACAAGAAUAAAGAGGCAAGGGCAGUUUAGUUACUGGGGAGGAACAGACAGCAAGUUAUAAUUUGGCUCAUGGUAAACAACAGGAUUUCAGCCAAUAUAUCCAGAAGUGUCUUUGUCAAAAGAGAAAUAAAAGCAGUAACACAAUUUCCAUUGUUCUUCCACUUUGGCAAGUGCCAUAUCCCUGUGGUGUAAAUCAGCAGCUCCUAAUCUUGAGUCUUUGGAUCCUGGAUGCCAUCUUUUAAAAAGCUACAGCCAGUAGUCAGAGAUUCUGAAAAUUAUAACAUUUAGGAAGCCACAUCUGGAAACAGCUGGUCUAACUAUUAGUAUGUGGAUUUUAUUAUAUGUUGAAUAUUAAUCACGUGGGUUAUCUAACUUUGCUGUUCAGUGUAAUUUAAUAAUAACAGAUAAAUUACAAUGAUUUUAAGUGGUUGAAAUAGCUAUCAUUGGUUAUUAUGUUCAAAGUUAUAACUAAAUGCAAGUAUUUAAAAUGCAAGAUUUUCCUUGCUGUAUCAUUUUGUAAAAUAAACUGAUCAGAAUCUUGA